UUUGAUUGUUUAAUUAUUAUUUAACAAUUGCGUCUAAAAUUUCUUAGAACUUAAAAUAUCUCGUCCAGACUCAGCAGCACUAUUAAACUACUGCACCGGAUGAUAUCUGUAAUAGUGUAAUUAACCCUUUUAUUUAGUGGGAGUCGGUUUCAACUACAACCAUCAAGCUUAAGACAAUCAAUCCCUUUUAGACGAUUUAAUCAAAUCGAUUGAGAGAGAAUUUCAAGAUUCAAGAACUAUCAUCCCUUCGUGUUUUCCCAAUCAUCCUUUUCCCUUUCGAGUCCUUUUGGUUCACUUUAGGUAGUGGAAGUCGUGGAAAGUAGAAUUCCGCUUUCUGGGCGUGGGUGUUUUGUGCUGUAGAGCUUUCUGAGUUGGGGAACAAGUUCUGUUUUGUAGAUUGGAGGGGCGAUUUCUUGGUUGAAUUGGUUAGAUUUGAGGUCUGGAAGGGAAAAUAUGAAUCGGGUUGCCUGAGAUUUUGGUUCAUUUCUUGAUUUGGAGAAGAUGUAGGUGAACCGGGUGGAGUGUGAUUUUGAUAAAUGGUUUUUCCAAUUGAAGAGGAGCAAUUGUAGAGAGAGAAAGUUGAGUGGGUAGAGUGAGAAAAUGAUGAUCAAGUUCUAAAAGUUGAGGAAAGGGAGGGGUUUCAGAGGGAGAAUGCAAAGUAUUGGAGAUAAAUAGAGAGAGAAAUUCAUAGAUUGGUUACUGGUUUGAGGUUUUGAAUAGCUAUUGGCCAUGGCUGUAGUGAGUUCUGUGCCUGCAAUUGCUCAACUGGCAGGGCGGAUAAGCUACACUCCUAUAUCAGAAUACAUGGCUCGCGGAGAGAUUGUGGAGGAGCCGGUGGCAGUGCCGGUGGCGGUGCCAGCGGUGCCACGGAUGAUCGAAGAUAUGAUCUAUGUUGCAGUGGGAAAAGACGUUAAAGAAAGCAAAUCAACUCUGGUGUGGGCGGUGCAUAAUUCUGGAGGGAAGAAAAUCUGCUUAGUUCAUAUUCACCAGCCCGCUCAGAUGAUUCCUUUGUUGGGGGCGAAGUUCCCAGCGAGCUCACCGACGAAACAGCAACUCAGACUGCACAGAGAAACUGAAAGGCAACACAUGAAUAAGAUCCUUGAUGACUACAUUUGUAUUUGUCUCCAAAUGGGGGUUCGGGUAGAAAAGCUACAUAUUGAAAGGGACUGUAUUGAGAAGGGAAUUGUGGAACUCAUCUCUCAGCAUGGGAUCAGGAAGCUUGUUAUGGGAGCAGCAGCAGACAAGCACCAUUCAAAGAAAAUGAUGGACCUCAAGUCCAAGAAAGCAAUAUUUGUCCGCCAACAAGCCCCUGUUUCCUGUCACAUACAAUUUAUUUGCAAGGGGUACCUUAUACACACCAGGGAAGGAAAUUCCGAUGUAGUUGAUACAGAGGUUCCAUUGCUGCGACGAAGUCCAAUGGAACAGCCACCGCACCGCUUUAGAUCACAAUCUGAUACAAUGGAGCGGACUAAUCGAGCGAAACUCACCAAUCCAGUUCAAGAUUUGUUCCGCAGGGCAAGCUCGGUAAAUAUGGAGAAAUAUGGAGGCAGGACAACAAAUGCUACUUCCACAGAUGGUACUGAAGCGUUUUCAACUCCAAGAAAUAGGUACGAACCAGGAGCAAGUCCUGAGGAAUUGGAUCAGGUAAUAAGGAGGAGUGUUUCAGGAUAUUCAACAGGCUCUUCUGCUGGAUUGGGUGAUUUCACUUUGAUUCAUUGGGAUGGAGUUGAGGGAAGUGAAAAUGGGUCAAGUAACUCAUGCAGACUUCCUCAUUCUAAAGAUCUUAAUCCUUCAUCCCCUCCCAGUGUAUUGGAUGGAAAUGUAGAUGAUACUCUGUAUCAUCAUCUUGAACAAGUGAUGAUAGAGGCUGAAAAUGCAAAGAGAGACGCAUUUCAGGAGGGAAUCAGGCGUGGGAAAGCUGAAAAAGAUGCCAUUGACGCUAUUCGGAGGGCUAAAGCAUCAGAGGUCUUAUAUAAUGAGGAGUUGAGACAAAGGAAAGAAAUGGAAGAAGAACUGGCAAAAGAGAGACAAGAACUUGAAAAGAUGAAGAAGAUACGAGAUGAAGUCAUGGAAGAAUUAAGGGCUGCCCUAGAUCAGAAAUCACUACUUGAGAGUCAAAUUGCGGAGUCUGAUCAGAUGGUCAUGAGCUUGGAGCAGAAGAUUAUCUCGGCUGUGGAACUUUUAAAAAAUUACAAAAGAGAACGCGAUGAGUUGCAUGUGGAACGUGACAAUGCACUUAGAGAAGCUGAGGAGCUGAGGGAAAAACAAGGAGAAGCCUCAAGUUCACACAUACCUCAGUUCUUCUCUGAGUUCUCAUUUGCAGAGAUUGAAGAAGCAACUCAAAACUUUAACCCAUCACUGAAGAUUGGAGAAGGGGGUUAUGGGAGCAUUUUUAAAGGUUCCCUACGUCACACUCAGGUGGCUAUAAAAAUUUUAAAUGCUCAUAGUAAGCAAGGCCCCUCUGAGUUUCAGCAAGAGGUGGAUGUGUUGAGUAAGUUACGACACCAAAAUCUUAUCACGCUCAUUGGUGCCUGCCCAGAAGCUUGGACUCUGAUCUAUGAGUAUCUCCCAAAUGGAAGUCUUGAAGAUCGACUCAGCUGCGAGGACAAUACUUCCCCUUUGUCAUGGCAAACUCGAAUACGAAUUGCCACAGAGUUGUGCUCCGUCCUAAUCUUUCUCCAUUCCAGUAAACCUCACAGCAUAGUGCAUGGUGACUUAAAACCUGGCAAUAUUCUCCUUGAUGCUAACUUUGUUAGCAAACUCAGUGACUUUGGAAUCUGUCGGCUGUUGCCUCGUGGGGAGAGUUCAAGCAACGACACAACGAUCUGUUGGAGAACUGACCCGAAGGGUACUAUCCCAUACAUCGAUCCUGAGUUCUUCUCAUCAGGAGAGCUUACAACAAAGUCAGAUGUUUACUCAUUUGGAAUUAUACUACUACAGUUGCUGACUGGGAAACAGGCUGUGAGGAUAAUAAAGGAUGUGCAGGAUGCAUUAGAUUCUGGAAAGUUUGAAACGCUCUUAGAUCCUUUGGCUGGGGAUUGGCCAUUUGUACAGGCUGAACAGUUGGCUCGCUUGGCAUUAAGGUGUUGUGAGAUGAGCCGGAAGUUGAGGGCAGACCUUGUAUCGGAUGUCUGGAGAGUACUUGAACCCAUGAGAGCUUCAUGUGGUUGCUCAUCAUCAUUCCAGUUGGGUACUGAAGAGCAUUUCCAACCUCCUCCAUAUUUUAUUUGUCCCAUUUUCCAGGAAGUCAUGCAAGAUCCGCAUGUUGCAGCAGACGGUUAUACUUAUGAAGCAGAAGCUUUGAAAGGAUGGUUGGACAGCGGUCACGACACUUCACCGAUGACAAAUCUGAAGCUUGAACACAAGAAUCUCGUCCCCAACCGCGCUCUCCGUUCUGCAAUUCUGGAGUGGCUGCAACAGCUUUGAUCUCUUUCUCCAUUUGCUUGGAUAUUUUUGUUCAACAUAUAUAUUUGAUAACAACAUGCAUAAAUAUAGUGUAAAGAAAUUAAUCGACUAUUGUAAUGUACAGAAAACCGCAUGUUUUGCUUCAACACUUUUUCAUA